AUGUACGGUCAACAGGACCGUUGUGACCGCACGGCGUAUGUUUCCGGAUUACAUCCAACAAUCACGGAUAUAGAACUUUUUGAAGUUUUUAAUAAGACUGCGCACGUUGAGAAGGUUAUUCUUCGUAGCGGUACAUCUCGUCAUGCACUCGUGGUGUUCAAGAGCGUUAACGGAUUGUACACGGCUCUAAUUUACUUCCAAAACACUCACCUGCAUGGCCGCAAACUUCAUAUUAGACCACUAAGAGAAAGCUCUCACAUUCAAAACGAAAUGCUAACAUCGGUAUUUGAUCAACCACGCGCAAACCGUCGGCCGGCAUCGGCGAGUGAACGAUAUCGUCCGCAACUGCCGGAGCCACAAAUGCAUUCAAUGUCGUUCUAUGGUGACGAUCGACAGAAUCGUUACGGAAAACAUUCAACAAGCUCUUAUGGCCGCCGCCGUCCUUCAAAUGGUCCACAUAACUAUGCGAAUCCUCACGAAUACCCUAUCGCUAAUAUGAAUACGAAUCAUCAACCGUUGGGAGAACAUAUAUCAUUUGACGACUUCUCACGAACUUUCAGAAGAUUUGACGAUCUUGCUCACAUAUCGCGUUCGGUUACACUCAAUGCAGGACAAACUUACGAUUCACGUUAUAAUAAUGAUCAGCGGCACAAACCUGCGGAAGGAAAACAUUCGCGUAAUGGUUCGAUUAAAGAAUUCCCAAAAACCGAGCCGCCAACAUGGAAAAUGGAGCUGCAACAUAAAAAGGGCGACAAGUUUGAGGGUCUGUCACCGUUGCCGAGCGACAUGGAACGCAUCAGCCCGCAAGAUUUAAUUGCAAGACUUGCAAAUCUUCAUAAUGCGCCAUCGCAAAAUGAAAAUGAGGUUGGCGCGAGAAAGAAGCGCCCAAAUUUGUCAGUUAUUAACCCCGCUGUGUUUUAUGACAAGUAUCCAAGAACCUCAUCGCCAUUGUCGCAUCGAAACGUUUAUGAAAAUCAUUGUCAAUUGGCGUCGCCAAAAGAUCCGGCAGUAUUGGCGUACCGUCGCGUUCGCGCUCCGACGUCAUUCGAUGGAAUGUCACCGAUCGACAAUACGGACUGCUCAUUCGUCACAAAACACUUGGCUGCACUAAACGAGAGCUCGGACAAUCAACCGGCGCCGACUCGCGGACUCACCAACGACGAGCUGUCUGAGAUGAUCGUCUCCACUGGAAAUCUUCGCUUGAACCUUGUGGCCGCCGUACCGGCUGAUAUAAGCGACGAGCCGGCGCCGUGGUCGCCGUGCAAGCGUGUUCGUGCUGAAAGUGGAUCGACGCAUUUCUCGCAGUUCGCUAGCCCACAAUUCUCACCCAUUGUAAUGAAACCGCCGGAAAAUGGAGAAUUCAAUGAAACCGAAGAUGAGGUGUUCUCUUCUGAAAAUUCGGAUGUCAAAGUAGAAGAAGUGAAAUCAGGGCCUAAAGUUGAGCCAACUAAUGUUCUCGUCGAGCCGAAUAUGUUGAACUUCGACGACAUUAAUAACAGCCGUUUGCCAUCGAAUUCGUAUUCGGCGAAUCCGAACUCGAAACAUCAGGAGUUUGUAUUCCCUGAAUUCCCACUUUGUCGUCAUUCAUCGGUUCCAUCGAUCGCCAAUAUGGUAGUGGAUAUGUCGGAUUCGAGCCUAACACCAUAUAUUUCUGCGAAAUGUGGCGGAGCGAUCGGAAACGAUUCGUCGGGAUUCAAGUCAUUCCCGAAGCCCUCGUUUGAGACAUCGAGCCUUGAGGCUAGCAGCGAUGAGCCAAAAAAGGAGGAGGCCAACGAAUUUCACGAAGCGAACGAGGCAAUCAUUCCGGCGGAAGUUUGA